AGGGAGGGGGGGGGGACUACGAUUAAAAAAAAAAAAAACCUCUUUUUUUUUUUUUAUUCAUGUUCCGAACAAGAACACUUUUUCAACGAGCCAUGACAACCUACGGUGUAUCGAAACAUGGCCAUGUCAUGAAAGUAGAAUUAAACGAAACAGAGACAAAAAUUUGUUCUGUUUUACAAGGCGUUACCUCAUUUAUUCAUCAACAACGUCCCGAAUUACCAUUGAUCGUCUCUCGUAUCGCCGGUGGUUGGGUGCGCGAUAAAUUACUCGGUAAAGAAUGUCACGACUUGGACAUUGCCAUCAAUGACAUGAUGGGUUAUGAAUAUGCUACCUAUGUCAACCAGUAUUUACAAGCACAAGGUGUACCCGUACGAUCCAUUGCUAAAAUCGAUAGUAAUCCAGAAAAAUCCAAACAUUUAGAAACAGCCACCACCAAAUUGUUUGAUCAAGAAGUCGAUUUCUGUAAUUUACGUACAGAGAUUUAUGAACAAGGCAGUCGUAUCCCUUCUCAAAUCACAUUUGGCACACCUGAAGAAGACGCUUACCGUCGUGACAUUACCAUCAAUAGUUUAUUUUAUAAUGUCAAUACCAACCAAGUGGAAGAUUUUACGCAGCAGGGAAUUCCCGAUUUAAAAGAAGGAUGGAUUCGUACACCUUUAGCACCCUUUGAGACAUUCCACGACGAUCCACUUCGUGUGAUUCGCUGUAUCCGAUUCUCUAGCCGAUUUAACUUUACCAUGGUACCCGAACUUUGUGAAGCUGCGAAACAUCCCGAUAUUAAGGAUGCAUUGAUUCAUAAAAUCAGUCGAGAACGUAUCGGUAUCGAAUUCGAAAAGAUGAUUACCGGACCUCAUCCUUUACUCUCUCUCGUCCUGAUUCACCAAUUAGACCUCUACAGCAUCAUGAUGACCCCACCCAACGUCAUCAAAAGUGGUGUGAUUGCACCUGACAUAGUGGCUGUUCAUGCCGUGGGUAUCUUGACUUGGUUCAUCCAUCGACAGGCGAUCGAGGUGAAUGCGUCCGAAAAGAGAGCGUUGGUAUUAGCCUCCAGUGUUUUACCUUAUUAUGGUGUGAUCUCCGAGACCAAGAAAAAAGUGUUACCGGCUGUUCAAUUGGUAUUACGCGAUGCCAUUAAAUCCAAUAAUACAGAUGUCGCUACUGUCUCUACCUUGUUCAAGGGUAUUGAACAAGUACAGACAUUAGCAGCACGUCAUUCAGUGCAACACUUGAAACGAUCCGAACUGGGUAUGGUGAUUCGAGAAUUGGGCGCGUUAUGGAAGACAGCCGUCAAGAUGACGAUGAUUAAGGAGAUGGUGGAUACGUAUGCGUUGGAUUGGACAAAGGAGGGACCUGAUGAUCCAACAAUCGGAAAGGAGAUCUUGACAAAAUACAAUGGGUUGAUGCAGACAGCGAUCGAGUAUGGGAUUGAGGAUUGUUAUACGUGGAAACAUAUGGUGGAUGGUAAACGUGCAGCGCAAUUAGUGGGACAAAAACCAGGACCUAUUGUCAAUGAAUUAUUGAAAGUACAAAUGAUGUGGCAAUUAGAUCAUCCUAGAGGACAAAAAGAAGAAUGUGAACAAGCUAUUCAAGCCUAUUGGGCUAGUAAAUCAUCAUCAUCAUAAUAAUAAAAAAAAUCAAAAUAAACAAACACCUUCUUUUUAUUAUUAUUAUUAUUAUUAUUUUUUUGACGAAGAUGAAAAUGUGAUUUUGACAUUUAGCUUAU